AUGACUCUACGAAAAUUAGGAAGAGGUGUCUACAAUGACAUCCGGGCCCGCAUACCUUACUACUUAACAGACUUCUCUGAUGCUUACAACUACAGGGUCAUUCCAUCGGUCAUAUUCAUCUUCUUCACCAACUUGCUACCUGCCAUAGCGUUCGCUCAGGAUAUGUUCGAUCGUACAGACAACGCAUAUGGUGUCAACGAGGUGCUCAUGAGUUCUGCCAUUGCUGGUGUGGUGUUUGGUCUCUUUUCUGGUCAGCCUCUCUGUAUAGUUGGAGUCACAGGUCCUAUUGCCAUCUUUUCUUAUACAGUGUACGAGUUGAUCCAGCCUCGUGGCACGCCGUAUUUCCCCUUCAUGUGCUGGAUUUACUUGUGGCUGAUGGCUAUGCACUUUGUCACUGCGUUGUGCAACUGGGUGUCGUUUCUCAAGAUCAUUUCCAACUUCUCAUGUGAAGUAUUUGGCUUCUUUAUCUGCAUCGUCUAUUGCCAGAAAGCUGUCCAAAUCUUGGAUAGGCAGUUCAGCGAGCAUGGACCCGCUUCUGGCUUCUGCUCGGUCAUGGUUAGUUUGCUUAUGGUGAUCUUCGGUCUUGGAUCGACGGUGUUUGGCUCGGAAUUACACUAUUUCCGUCCAUGGACCCGCAAGUUCUUUGUGGACUACGGAGUACCCCUUGCCGUUAUUUUUUUCACUGGUUUUGUUCACUUUGGCGGCUACUUGGACGAUGCUCACUUGGCUACUCUUCCCACCACCAAAGCAUUUGCCCCCACCAUAAAUUCUGCUGAGGUAGGUAGAGCCCACGGUUGGUUCAUUCAUUUCUGGCCCGGCGACAACAUUUCUGUAGCAGAUGUCUUCUUGGCCAUUCCGUAUGCGAUUUUAUUGACGUUCUUGUUCUAUUUCGACCACAAUGUGUCAUCAUUGAUGUGCCAACUGAAGGAUUUUCCAUUGACAAAGCCUGCGUCGUUCCAUUGGGACUUUAUGUUGUUGGGACUCACCACUGGCGUUGCUGGAAUCUUAGGAAUCCCGGCCCCUAACGGAUUGAUCCCCCAGGCUCCAUUGCACACUAGUUCUUUGGUUGUGCAUGACUUACAGAGCGGAAAGGCACUUUCGGUCGUGGAGCAGAGAGUCACCAACACUUUACAGGGAGCCAUUACAUUUGUGAUGAUGUCUGGGCCGCUUUUGACGGUAUUGGGGUUAAUUCCACAGGCAGUUUUGGCGGGGCUUUUCUUCAUUAUGGGAAUGAACGGCCUUCAUGAUGGUGCAGUGGUAAACAAGAUCAAGUACCUCUUCGCUGACCCGGACUAUGUUGCUCAUGACCCCAGAUGUCCACAACUUUGGAGGGAGUUGCAUUCUAUCCCCAAAGAAAAGAAGAAGUGGUUCUACAUCUAUCUUUUGUUGCAGGUAAUCGCAGGGUUGGCAGAGUUUGCUAUUACUUUAACUAAAGGUGCUGUGGGAUUUCCUGGUGUGCUUAUGUUUUUCGCCAUUUGUGCCAGAUGGGUAUGGCCACGGAUUAUUCCCAAGGAAGACUUGGAGUACCUUGACGGACCAGUGGCUGAAGAGUUUAUUAUCAAGAGUUUGGAGGUUCACUCUCUGAAAAAAUCGGAUGGACUGGAGGAAUCCGUUGUCAGCAAGGAAUUGGGUAAUAAUCUGGUAUAA